AUGCAACAAGUGUCGACCGGUUCUUCAACAAAGAAAUCGAUUGGCAACAUGUUUUUAAGAAGUGGAAUAGAGAAAAUUCUAGCUGAUAAGGAUAUUAAGAAAAAGGAGAAUUUGCAGCUCAAAAAAGCUUGUGAUAAUGCACUGGGUGAGCUUUUUUCUUUCGAAAUUAAAAAAUCUGUUCAAAUCAAAUUAUAUAAUUUCUAUUCAAUGUCUAGACCCCAAAAACUUAAUUUUUCCCCUGCAGAAGAGAUAAAACUUGCCGAAGAGCAAGCGGGCACAACGAGUAGCAGUAGCAGUAACGGCGAACAUCUGCCAGAUGCCACCGGAGCUCUCAUCGAAGCCGAUCGAUAUUUCUUGCCGUUCGAAUUGGCAUGCAACUCGAAGAAUCCACGUGUCGUGAUCACAGCUUUGGAUUGUCUUCAGAAGCUGAUAGCCUACGGUCAUUUGACUGGAAGAGGUCCGGAUACAUCGAAUCCCGAGAGAAAACUCAUUGAUCGAAUUGUCGAGGCGAUUUGUGCUCCGUUUUUGGGUCAAGGAACCGAUGAGAAUGUGCUGUUGCAGUUGAUAAAAUUGCAGGCAGUUCUCGCCGUAGUGCUCUCGAAACACUGUCAAGUGCAUGGAGCAUCACUGAUUCUCGCAGUUCGAACGUGUUUCAACAUCUAUCUAACGUCGAAAAAUCAUGUGAAUCAGGCGACGGCGAAAGCUACACUGACUCAAGUGAUUAGUACGGUUUUUGGGAGGAUGGAGAUGUUUGGGAAUAUUAAAGAUGAUGAGACCGUAGUACGGGAAGUCGUGGAAAUGUUAGUGGCGACGACGGUGUCCAAUGAAGCGACAGACGAAACUAGCGAAGGAGGCGGUACCCAUCGACCCGCUGGCUCAACAAUAGGAGAAUCCGAAGCCCCACUAGAUGAUCAAUUCACAUUUCAAAAUUCGUAUCAAAAAGAUGCAUUUCUCGUAUUCCGAGCCCUCUGUAUACUCGCCCAGAAAGAAGAAGGAGGUCCAUCAAACGAAAUGUCACUUCGAUCCAAAAUUCUUGCCCUCGAAAUGCUUUUACUCGUUCUCCAAUCCUCGUCAUCAGUCCUUCAAUCUUCUCAACCUUGUAUUAUAGUCAUUAAAAGGACAUUGUGCAUGGCGUUGACUCGAAACGCAGUCAGCUCCAACAUCCAGGUGUUUGAGAAGUCGUUAGCCAUCUUUGUGGAGCUUCUAGACAAAUUCAAAGCCCAUUUGAAAGCCUCCAUUGAGGUAUUCUUCAAUAGUGUGAUUCUCCCAAUUUUGGAUUCGAAUACCUGUGCUUUUGAACAGAAAUGGAUAGUUUUGAACACGAUUGCGAAAAUUCUGGCGAAUCCUCAGUCUGUGGUUGAUAUGUUUGUAAAUUACGAUUGUGAUAUGACGUCUCCAAAUCUGUUUAAAUCGAUUGUAGAGGUUGUUUCCAAGACGACAAGGACCACGAUCAAUGAGAAUUCACCACCGGCGCAGAAGGAAAAAGAACGAGCAAUGCGACUCCUUGGUCUCAGCUGCCUCACAGACCUCCUCCAGUGUCUUGUGGAUUGGUGGCAAGUCUGUGAAGUUCAAAAAAUCACCUCUGACAUCGAUGAAGCCGUGGAGGCCAACGAAGCUCCUGGCGAUGAGACCACCUUCGAGAAAUUCGAGAAUCUAAAACACCAAAAGAAUCUAAUGGAGCAAGGAAUUCAAUUGUUCUCCGAGAAGCCCAAAAAGGGUCUGAAAUUCCUCCAAGAUCACGGAUUCGUUGGAACCGAUGCCAUAGAAGUCGCAGAAUUUAUGAUGAAGGAGGAAAGAUUGAAUAAAACACAAGUUGGAGACUUUCUAGGAGAUUCUGAUGAAUUCAAUAAUUCUGUAAUGCAUGCCUACAUUGAUUUCCUUGACUUCUCAUCGAUUGAUAUUCUUGCGGCACUUCGAUUGUUCUUGGAAAAGUUCCGUCUACCUGGAGAGGCUCAGAAGAUCGAUCGACUGAUGCUGAAAUUCGCCUCCCGCUAUUUGGACUGUAAUCCACGUCAAGGGAUCUUCGCCUCCGCCGAUGCCGCCUAUGUUCUAGCAUUUUCAAUCAUCAUGCUAACCACAGACCUGCAUAAUAAGACUGUAAAGAAUAAGAUGACAAAGCAAGGAUACAUAAAUAUGAACAGAGGAAUUAACGAGGGUGGAAACAUCCCAACUGAGCUUCUAGAAGCAAUUUUUGAAGACAUUUCCAAGAACGAAAUCAAGAUGAGGGCCGGAGCAACUGCAUUGCUCAGAUCUCGCGUCACACCAGGACAAGGGGCCCUGGCAACAGAUAAGGAGCGAAGGGCAAUGGCUGCGUUGGAAAUGGAGGCGUUGUCCGAAACAGCAAGAGCGUUAAUGGAAUCGGCAUCUGACGCCGACGCAUUCUUCACACCUGCACAACACCAACAUCACGUGAAACCAAUGUUCAAGAUCUGUUGGACCCCUUGCCUAGCCGCGUUCUCUGUAGGCGUCCAAAUGUCAGAUGACGAGGAGGAAUGGUCGUUGUGUCUACGUGGAUUCCGCUUAGGAGUACGGGCGGCGUGUGUACUUCAAGCAAACCUAGAACGGAAUGCAUUCAUCCAGGCGUUGGCUAGAUUCACAUUGCUCACUGCGAAGAAUUCGUUGGGAGAGAUGAAAGUGAAGAAUAUCGAAGCGAUCAAGCUGCUUUUGUUGAUUGGAGACGAGGAUGGACAGUUUUUGGAGGAGAAUUGGGUUGAUGUGAUGAAGUGUAUGAGUUCGUUGGAAUUGGUACAACUCAUUGGUACCGGACUCAACAGUGCCAUGUCCCAUGAUAGUGAUAGUAGUCGGCAGUACGUCCUCAAAGCCACCGGUGGAAUCGACGAAAAAACCCUGCACUCGCUUCAAGACGCUCUCGGCGAGACCUCAUCUCAAUCAGUCGUCGUUGCAAUCGAUCGAAUAUUCAAUGGAUCCGCCCGUCUCUCCGCAGAAGCCAUCGUCCAUUUUGUCAGAGCCCUUUGUGCAGUAUCUCGAGAAGAACUCUCCCACCCAGCUGCUCCUCGAAUGUUCUUACUUGGAAAAGUUGUCGAAGUGGCAUUCUACAAUAUGAAUCGAAUCCGUUUGGAAUGGAGUCGAAUCUGGCAUGUCAUUGGUGAACACUUCAACGCGGCUGGCUGUAAUUCCAACGAAGCCGUUGCCUACUUCUCUGUGGAUGCUCUUCGACAGCUCUCAAUCAAGUUUUUGGAGAAAGGAGAACUUCCAAAUUUCAAGUUCCAAAAAGACUUUCUACGGCCUUUUGAGGUUAUUAUGGUCAAAAAUGGGAAUACACAAACAAGGGAUCUGGUGGUUCGAUGCUGUACUCAUCUUGUUGAGACUCACUCGAAUAGGCUCAAAUCUGGAUGGCAGAAUCUUUUCUCUGUAUGGACAAUUGCUGCUGGAGACUCGUCAAUGGAAAUUGUCGAGACCUCAUUCCUCACUGCAAGCCACGUCAUUGAGAAACGAUUCAAAGAAGACUUCCCAUCGAUUCUGGACUCAUUCCAGGAGGCAUUGAAGUGCCUUCAGGAGUUUGCGUGCAAUGCGAAUCUUCCUGAUAUGAAUAUGGAGGCGAUUCGUUUGAUUCGACUCUGUGCGGACUAUGUGUCGGAAAAUAGCGAUAAAAUCGAUGAAGCCGCCCGGAAGGAUGAUCAUAGUCACAAGGGAUUGACUGCCGAUCAGCAUGUUUGGUUGAGAGGAUGGUUUCCGAUAUUCUUCGAGCUCAGUUGUAUUAUCAAUCGAUGUAAACUAGAUGUGAGAACCAGAAGUCUCACGGUGAUGUUUGAAAUUAUGAAGACUCAUGGAAAGGACUUCCGACCAGAAUGGUGGAAGGAUCUCUUUGAAAUCGUGUUCCGUAUAUUCGAUCCCUCGAAAAUGGAUGAUCAUCGGAGCGAUAAGCGAGAAUGGAUGUCGACGACUUGUAAUCACGCUAUGCUGAGUGUCGUAGAAGUCUUCACCCAAUUCUAUACCCAACUUUCCGUUUACGCUCUUCCUAUGAUCUACAGACAGUUCGCAGUAUUCAUCCGUCAGCAGAAUGAGCAGCUCGCCAGAUGUACAAUCAAUUGUCUGGAGUCUCUCAUCUCUCAGAAUGGAGAGAGGUUCACUGAAUCGAUGUGGGAACAAACUAUAGAGCUUAUCAGAGAACUGUUCUCUGCGACGCUUCCGAAAUCGUUGUUGACUUGGGAGCCACCAAAUGGGAAAAUGCCUGAAAGCAAUGGAUCUGACGCCUUGUUCACCGAGCAAAUUGUGUUCUGUGUUGUGCAGAAUGAACUAGUUGAAGCUGUCUCGAGAAUUGUGCUUGGUGAUCAUAGAGAGACUACCAAAAGCCUUCAAGCGGAUGGUCUAUUCACUCAAAUGUCUCCAGAACUGCUUUUGAGCAUUUGUGAUGCGCUGGCGGAGAGUCACAAGCUGGCUAAACAGUUUAACGAUAAUAAUGGGCAACGAACGCUGCUUUGGAAGGCCGGACUACGCGGAUCGAGUAAGCCGAAUCUCAUAAACCAGGAGACUAGAUCAUUGAGCGCCAUGCUUGCCAUCAUUCUACGCUUGCUUUAUGAUUUAAGAGCCCAGGAGAUUGCUGGACAGAUUUCGCAGAGGGUUUUGGAAGUCGUCUCCCUCGCACUAAAUGGGUAUGGAGAGGCUGAAUCGGACACCCGCCGAACCGCUUACGGACCAGUGAUUUGUGAAUUGCUUCGAGAGUGUAUCGCUCUUCCAACUGAGCUCCUUCCAGUUCUUGGACCGGAAUUCCCAUUGAAACUUUGCGAUCUUGUGGUGACUGCAGAAGGCCAACAAAUGCGACGUUCCCUGGCAGAUCUGCUCCGUCGAUGGAUGCCACCGUGUUCAGCAAAAAUUCCGAAUGGAUCCGUAGAAAAAUAA